AUGUGUAUUGCCCCAGUGAAUGACACUCCUGCGAUGACACUUGAUGAACUGAGGCCUGGGAUGGAAGCAGUUCUGUCUUUUUGCUUCCCUCCCUCUGUACAUUCUGAGAGGCCCUACAGUGUCACCAUCAACCAUUACGAGUCCUUCUGCCGCUACAAGUACACGUAUCGUCGCUGUGGUCUUAUGGUUCGGCGGCACAAAUUUGCCUCAGCGCGUUUGCGGCUGGGCUACCCUCCGCCGUGGCAGAUUGCCGGGGUGGAGGGGCGAGCCUCCCUUGAUAGUGUCGCCUGUGCCAACACCAUCGAGCACUACUGCCUAGCGUGCUCCACUAAUCGACACCUCAUACCCCAAGGCGGUGGUGGGGGGGCAGGAGUGCGUAGCCUGGAGGAGGCUGGCGAGGGUUAUGGAGAGGGUCCUGGCAUCGCCCCUCUCCCCGUACUCACUCGCUCUCCCCCUUGGACUCUCUCCGGAACAACUAGCGGCGGGGCUGGAAUUCGGCGAGAGUUUAGCAGGCUUCGCUAAGAUUGGGCUGGAAGUUAGCGGAAAAGGAGGCGUGGCACGUGACAAUGCAAUAGAGGGCUUACACAGGGCAGGCGUGACUGGGCCCUAGAGAGAGAUACGCUCAUCCUGCAGAGAGAGAGAGAGAGAGGAUAUAUUAAAUUUUUUCGUUAUAUAUUCUAUUUAUUUAUUUAUUUAUUAUUUUAAGGGGGUAUUUUAUUUUCUCAAUAUUUUUCGUUCGUUUUUGUAAUGGAAUGUUUAAUUUUAUCUAUAUUUGUUUACAUUUUUUAUCUAUUUGUUUCGAUUUUAUAUUCAGUUUAUUUAUCAUUAUUUUUAAGAUCAUUUAUUUACUUUAUUUAUUUUUCGCUCGUUUUCGAAAUGGGAGUGUUUAAUUUUACAUAUAUUUUCAUCUAUUUUUAAUUUCUUCGAAUUAAUAUCCAGUUUAUUUAUUUAUUAUUACUUCUAAGUGUGUCGUAAGUACUUACAAGGAUCAUUUAUUUAUUUAUUUUUAUUUUCCGUCCAUUUUUUUUUAUGGAAACUUAUUUUCAUCUAUAUUCCCGUUUUGUUACUUGUUCAUGC